AUGCCUAGGUAUGACCACUUGUCGAAGGCCGGAUCGCGGUUCUUGAAGCACCUGGAGAAUGUGCCCAAGAGAGGGCAGCGGAGAGCUGAGCAGUUCAUGAACAAAGCGUUGCCAGAGUUUGUCAGGCCAAACAACAGGACUGUGCCCGAGGAGCAGCGGUUUGCCGAUGAGACGCACUGGAAGUUUGUUCCCGGGGACCGUGUGGUGAUCACGCAUGGGAAGUACAAGGGCACCGUUGCGGUGAUCAAGGACCUGGAAGUCGCUACAAACAGCUUUAUACUGGACGGAAACGGGCCCUCGCGGAAAGUGCCCGUGGCCAAGCAGUACUGGCUUGAGAACCAGUCCACACACAUGCUCUCUUUGCCUGUGUCCUUGAAGCGCAAGCACUUGAAGUUGCUCGCGGAUAUAGACGACCCGGCCAACCCGGGGCAGACAAAGACCGUCGCGGUCAAGGACGUUACGUUCGACGCCGGUACUUACUACGACAAGGACCGCAAGAAAGUCAUGCCUUACAGAUGUGUCGUCGGCAGACCGGACCUCGUGGUGCCUUGGCCCACCCCGGAACCCAAGCCAGAUGGCGUCCUGGGAACAGAGCCCAAGCUGGCAAGACAGCAGACUUUCUGGGUGGACACCAUUGUCAGGAACUCGAUUCCAAAGAACGCAUUCCUGACAUUGCGUAACCCUCACUCUAAGUACAAGAAGAAGCUGCUGACCGCCAAGGAUAUCGCCAAGCUGGUGGCCCCUAAGAUGCCAUUGUCCGACACCAAGAAGAAGUUCUUAGAAGAGAAAGAGAUGCUGGCUAAGCGCGAAAAACCACAGCUGACAGAGGCAGACAUAGAACUGAUCGGAAGCAGAGUCAAGGAAUUCUUGGAGACCGCAAAGCAAUAA